GACAGGGAUCGCUGAUUCUAAGAGAAGGAUGCACGCACCGCCAAAAGGCCCAGUGUAUGCCACAUAUUACACUGCACUUGCGGUUAUCGCUAUUCCAGUAAAUUUCAUGGCUACUGUGAUCCUGUCCAAAGGAGCGUGCGGUCUUUCGAAAUGUGUAACGCGGUACCUAGUAUUUAUGGCGGUGACAGAUCUCCUGGUUAUUGUCACGGCUGUGAUGUUCAAUCGGAUUCCUGCUACUUUUUUUCCAGGUAGUUUCCUGUUCAUUACUCCAGUGUGUAGUAUCAGCACUGCAUCAAUUUAUGCAGCAAGAGACUGUUCGGUUUGGUUAACAGUGACUUUCACUUUUGAUCGCUUCGUUGCUAUUUGUUGCCGGAAACUGAAAGCAACAUAUUGCACUGAGAAAUCGGCAACAUUGGUCAUAGGAGUGGUUUGUGCACUGGGAUGUUUAAUCAAUAUCCCCUGGUAUUUUAUACAUGAACCUAUUUACAAAAUUGGAAAUAUUCCGUGGUAUUGCGGAAUAAAAGCUAUCCGUUACACUUCACUUCCAUGGCGAACCUUUGAUUGGAUAGAUCGUAUUUUAACCCCAUGCCUUCCGUUCUUUCUGAUUAUUCUAUUGAAUGCACUCACUGUCCGUCAUAUCGUGGUGGCCAAUAGAGCCCGCACAAGAAUUGUGGUCCGAAAAUCAGCAUAUAAUCGCGAUGACCCAGAGCUGGAGAGCCGGAAAAAGUCCGUAAUUUUAAUAUUCUCCAUAUCAGGCAGUUUCCUCCUGUUGUGGAUGGCAUAUUUUAUACAGUUCCUAUUAGAGCAAGUAACAAAUGACUAUAUCUUGAAUGGUUUCAGUGAUCCCAAAUUUAUUUUCCGAGAAAGUUCAAAUAUGCUCCAGCUUUUGAGUUGUUGCACCAACACAUUUAUUUAUGCAGUCACUCAGAGGAAGUUCCGAGUGCAAUUAAUUAGCAUGGUGCAACAACCGUUCAUUUUACUCAGAAAAUUAUUCAAAUGAUACACAGACGUUUGAAUAAAUGUACAAUAUCUGCAUC